AUGUCGGACAUUUGCGAUUUCGAGUGGUCCAAUAAUCGGUACCGGCACAAUCUGACCAUAUCGGAGCUGAAGCUGGGUUUCAAUCGAAACGAACCAACAGACCGGAGUCGGGCGUUGAUCGCACUGAAGGAGCUGAUCGGAGCGAGCCGGGACUACGCACUCAAAGACAAGUCUUGCUUCCAGGAUGACGAGUUUCUGUUUCGAUUUCUGUACGCGCGAAAAUUCAACGUCACCGAAGCGUUCCAGUUGGUGAUCAACUACCACGCGUAUCGGCAGCGAAAUGCGGCCCUUCUGCAGCGACUGUCGGUGUUGGAUGAAACGAUACAAAUCGCACUGCGGGAUGGCUUUCCGGGUGUGCUGCCCAAUCGGGAUCGGCGUGGACGGAAGGUGCUGGUGUUCUUUACCGCCAACUGGGACUACACGUCCUAUUCCCUAGUCACCGUGUACCGGGCGAUGUUGCUCACGAUCGAGAAGCUGCUGGAGGAUAAACAGAACCAGGCGAAUGGUUUCAUUGCGAUCGUCGAUUGGACCAACUUCACCUUCCGUCAGUCGUCAAAUCUGAACCCGAAGGUGCUCAAGCUGAUGAUCGAGGGAUUGCAGGACUGUUUCCCGGUGCGAUUUAAGGCGAUUCACUUUAUCGGUCAACCGUGGUACGUCGAAGCGGCGUUGGCCGUCAUCCGACCGUUCCUGAAAGAGAAAACCCGUGACAGGAUAAAGCUGCACGGUAGCAACUUGUCGACGCUGCACGAUUGCGUUGCCCGGGACAUCCUGCCGACGGAACUCGGUGGAGAGGGUCCCACUUUCAACCCACUCAACUGGUACCACGAACUGCUCGAAUCAAGCCAAACCGUCACCAAGCCAGCGCCAUCGUACUGUCUCAGCCAGACGCAGAUCUACACGAAAACGCCGGCACAAUUUGUGCCGGCAGUUGGAGGUCACAGGAAGGGCGCCGACUUAUCACCAGCUCCAUCCCGUUCGCCCUCACCACCCAGAUCACUGUCACCGGGAAAUGGCACCGAGUUCCUGAAAGCGGCCACCAAAGCGGCAGCCGUGAAGAUCGGCGUUCUAACAGCGAAAGCAAACGAUCCGGCCACAAACACGCUGCUUGGUGUCACGACCGGGGCCGGUGGUUGCGAAUUGUGA